CGGGCAGAUACCCCUCUUUGCCACCUUCUGAGGUACCCGCCGCUGGCGAGGUCAGCGGUUCCUACACGCUGGUCUUGGUCUUCAGAAGAGGACGACGAGUCAGGUCGUCGGACGGGAUGCGUGGUGGUGUUCGGGUCAGGCAGCCUCAUUCCGUUUGCUCCUGAAGCGGCGAUGCUACCAUUCGUUCCUCUGGAAGAUCCCUGGGACCAAGAAAUGGAGGUGUUCGGCAGCGGCUGUGCGAGCAGUAGCGAGCCACAGGUUAUGUUUACUGUGAAGACAACGGAUGUUGUACAAGAGCAUGAACACAAAGAGGUAAAUGAUCUUAAAAUGGUUGAUGAGCCAAUGGAAGAGGGAGAACCAGAUUCUUGCUUGGUUAAAGAAAUCCCUAUUACAAAUCAUGUUAAAGAAGGAUACGAGAAAGCAGAUCCUGCACAGUUUGACUUGCUUAAGGUUCUUGGCCAGGGAUCCUUUGGAAAGGUUUUUCUUGUUAGGAAGAAGACUGGUCCUGAUGCUGGACAGCUCUAUGCAAUGAAGGUGUUAAAAAAAGCUUCUUUAAAAGUUCGAGACCGUGUUCGCACCAAGAUGGAGAGGGAUAUUCUGGUGGAAGUAAAUCAUCCAUUUAUCGUCAAACUACAUUAUGCCUUUCAGACUGAAGGGAAGCUGUAUUUAAUAUUGGAUUUCCUCAGGGGAGGAGAUGUCUUCACAAGGUUAUCCAAAGAGGUUCUUUUUACAGAAGAAGAUGUGAAAUUCUACCUUGCAGAAUUGGCCUUGGCUUUGGAUCAUCUUCAUCGUUUAGGAAUUGUGUAUCGAGACCUGAAGCCAGAGAACAUCUUGCUUGAUGAAAUAGGACAUAUCAAGUUAACAGAUUUUGGGCUUAGCAAAGAGUCAGUGGAUCAAGAAAAGAAGGCCUACUCAUUUUGUGGUACUGUGGAAUAUAUGGCUCCUGAAGUAGUGAAUAGACGAGGCCAUUCUCAGAGUGCUGAUUGGUGGUCGUAUGGUGUACUCAUGUUUGAAAUGCUUACUGGCACUUUACCAUUUCAAGGUAAAGACAGAAAUGAGACCAUGAAUAUGAUACUGAAAGCAAAACUUGGAAUGCCACAAUUUCUUAGUGCUGAAGCACAGAGUCUUUUAAGGAUGUUAUUCAAAAGGAAUCCAGUCAAUAGAUUGGGAUCAGCAGGAGUUGAAGAAGUGAAAAGACAUGCUUUUUUUGAAUCUGUUGACUGGAAUAAAUUAUAUAAAAGAGAAGUUCAGCCUCCCUUUAGACCUGCUUCUGGAAAACCGGAUGAUACAUUUUGUUUUGACCCUGAAUUUACUGCCAAAACACCUAAAGAUUCCCCUGGUUUACCGGCCAGUGCAAAUGCUCAUCAACUCUUCAAAGGAUUCAGCUUUGUUGCAGCUUCUAUUGCAGAAGACUAUAAAAUCACUCCUGUUACAAGUUCAAAUGUCUUACCUAUUGUCCAGAUAAAUGGAAAUGCUGCUCAGUUUAGCGAAGUCUAUGACUUGAAAGAGGAUAUUGGUGUUGGUUCAUAUUCUGUGUGCAAGCGAUGCAUACACUCAGUUUCCAACAUGGAAUUUGCAGUCAAGAUCAUUGAUAAAAAUAAGAGAGACCCCUCAGAAGAAAUUGAAAUUCUGAUGCGUUAUGGACAACAUCCCAACAUUAUUACUUUAAAGGAUGUCUUUGAUGAUGGGAAAUAUGUGUACCUUGUUACGGAUUUGAUGAAAGGAGGAGAAUUGUUGGAUCGUAUUCUCAAACAAAAAUGUUUCUCAGAACAGGAAGCCAGUGCUGUACUGUAUGUAAUAACGAAGACCGUUGAGUAUCUUCAUUGUCAAGGAGUCGUUCAUCGUGAUCUUAAGCCCAGUAAUAUUUUGUACAUGGAUGAGUCAGCCAAUGCAGAUUCAAUUAAGAUCUGUGAUUUUGGGUUUGCAAAACAGCUUCGAGGUGAAAAUGGACUUCUGUUAACUCCGUGCUACACUGCAAAUUUUGUAGCACCUGAGGUUCUCACUCAACAGGGAUAUGAUGCCGCUUGUGAUAUUUGGAGCCUAGGAGUCCUUUUUUACACUAUGUUGGCUGGCUACACUCCAUUUUCCAAUGGCCCCAAUGAUACUCCUGAGGAAAUACUCCUGCACAUUGGCAAUGGGAACUUCUCUUUGAGUGGUGGAAACUGGGACAAUAUUUCAGAUGAAGCAAAGGAUUUGCUGUCUCAUAUGCUUCAUAUGGACCCACAUCAGCGUUAUACUGCUGAACAAGUGUUAAAACACCCUUGGAUAGCCCAAAGAGACCAACUGCCAUGUGAUGAGCCAAAGACAGAUGAUGCAUCCCAGGGAGCAGUGGUUGCAACAUAUUCUGCCUUGACUCAGAGGACUUUCCAACCGGUUUUAGAGCCUGUUGCUGCUUCAAGAUUAGCUCAGAGGCGUAGCAUGAAAAAGCGAACAUCAACUGGCUUGUAAGGUUCAUAGUAUUCCUCAGCUAACUGAGUGAAAGAAAAUUAAAUGUGUGUUAUGGGCUGGAUUUGUUUUGUUUGCCUAAUCUUUUAUUAAAGGUAUUUUUUCCUGCCACAUUACUUGAAUAUUCUGUUUAAGCCUCUCUUUUUGGGAGGGUGGAAUUUUAAAUGAACAUACAUAGGUCCGUAAAAUUCAUACUAUGUCAUUUUGCAGUAGUGUUUGACUGUUUAACUCUAUAAUUGAUGGUCCACCAGGUCUUAACUUCUUUGCACAUUAACUUCUCAAAUUCCUUUUGAACAAAGUUAACCUAUUAUUUUUUUAUUAUUUUACACAAA